UAAUUAUCCUUUUGAAAAGGUUCAUGUCGAAGGGGCCGCUAGAAUUGCAAGAAUCUCAAGGGAAAGUGGUGUGGCGAGAUUUGUUCAUGUUUCCGCAUUGAACGCUGAUAAAAAUUCAAAAUCGAAAUUCUACAGUUCGAAAGCUUUAGGUGAAGAGGCCGUGAGAAUUGAAUACCCGGACGUAACCAUAGUUCGUCCUUCUGUAAUGUAUGGACAUGAAGAUAGAUUUUUGAAUAGAUUAGCAGGAACAACUUACGAAUAUGCGCUCAACAAGGGAUUGACCAGGACUCGUCCCGUCCUUGACGUUGCAAAAGCUCUAGAGCAUAUGUUGAAAGAUGAAAACACCAUCGGAAAGACAUGCGAAUUAUUUGGACCCAAAGAGUAUACUUACAAUGAAAUAUAUGACCUCAUCGACAAAGUUGUUGAGAAUUACAGGGCUAGAAUAUUCGUGCCAAAGGGCUUAGCAAUGUUAGCAGCGAAAUUUUUACACCUACCAUUUGUCUCAUCGUAUUCGACUGAGGAUGUUGAGAGGUCAUACAUCAGCGAUAAGAUCACACCAGGUACCGAAAGUUUCGAUGAUCUAGGGAUUGCCCCGAGCAUAUUGGAGGACCUCGCCAUUUCGGUGGUGAGAUUUUACAGAAAGAGUACUGUCUACGAUGAGCCCAUGUUUCAGGAUAAGAAUGUCGGCAAGUUUAAUUAUUGCAACAUUUCUCGUAAGAUACUCGAGAUUGCUUCCAAGAAGGCGCCAAAACCCGAGGAAAAUUUAAUUCGUUCAUUAUGGAUUAGAAAUAUACCCUCACCGCCUGGUUUAUCAUUGACUCAUUUGGACAGUAAGGGCAUUUGA